AUGAAAGAGAAGCUCGCAGGAUGCCUUGGAUAUGGAAGGCUAGCUCUUCUAUUAGUUCGAUCCAAGGGGCGGGCUGCUCAUGGUCAGAGAUACCUACACUCAGCGUUUUGGUCCCACGGUGCUGCGCUGAUCGAUUUGCCCGCUUGGUGGAUCCUGCUUCUGCAAUCCUCAGGCGUAAACGAUAACAUUCGUUCAGAGCAGAGCAAGGGCUCUGCUGCUCUCGGGAUUGUAUCCCAGCUACACAGCAUCUUCCUCGGCUUCUUGUACCCUGUGCAGACUUUGGCUUUGAUCCGGAAACUACGGUACUCUACUAAUGCACACCUGCGUGCAGCCCACAAUGUCAAGCGUUGUUCGAGGAACUAUGCAUCUAUUGCUACAUCUCUAAUAUCCAACUCGCAAGCCUCUGCGCCAAAGCCGGCUCAAGAUCUACGGCAUUUCGUUUCCAAUCGACACAAAGGCAAGAGGGAUGAUUUGGCUAGGUCAAUUGGUCAGCCGGCCGAGGCUAAAUUGCGUUCGCUUCCCUGUCAUAAGACGUGGCAGCUUUAUCAGGAUGUGGUCCAAGAUGGUGGAUUUUUAUCGCCCUCAGAGACUAUCAAUUUUAUCAAGUAUUUAAGCGCCUCUACGUCGCAUGUCGAUUUUGAGCGGAUACUUGCGCUUUUUGAGGCCAUUCCAAUGAAGGGUCGUCGAGCUGUCCAUUACAGCUAUGCUAUAUCUGCCUCAUUGAGACUACAGGACACCGAAACGGCUCUCUAUGUCCACCGCGAAGCCAAGAGGAGGCUGCGUUGUCCAUUGGGUGCCUCUGCUCUCCUUCAUCGCGCUGUCGCCUUCGGGAAUUGGACUCUGGCGAUGGAAGUCUGGCGUCCCUUUUGGGUGUCCGGUUUUGCUCUCUACACGCUCAGAGGGUUAUGGCGAGGCGUUGAGGCAAUGCCGUUCGAUUUUCUGAUGGACAAAGUUUCGUCUUUCGCAGAUGUAUUUCUUGCUAGCGGGACUUCCCACAAACAAGACGACAUUUUGUCGGGGCGUGCAUUUGUCACCGAAAUGGUGAUUCAUAUGCUGCAGGUCCGUCUCCGUGAAGAUUCAAAAUCCAAAUUCAAUAUACAACGGUGGCAUACACUUAUGCUUAAAGUGGUUGAGAUAGCAGGCGCCAAUGACAAGUCACAGGUUGCCUUGCUACAAGAGCUGGCGGUACAUGUGGCUUUGUCUCUUGGAGAGAGUGGGUAUGAUCUUGCUGCACUUGAGAUCUACCAUGAUGUGCGGCGGAAGGUGCCCGGUCUUAACGUUUCGAAAGAGCUCCUGACGACUCUUUUGAGAACGAGUCGGCUCUGUAAUGCGGUCUCCGGUGCAGUGGAAAUUCUGCGAGAAUGGAGAAGAAUACACGGAAAGGUAGACAAAUUUAUCUAUCGAAGCGUUAUGCGCACUUUCGCAAAUAAGGGAAAAGUGCAAGAAUUGGAAAUAGCAUGCAGCCUCUACGGUCUUGAUCACGGUGAGAUUGUGGACCCCAGGAUAUGGCAGCAUCUGUUGAGAGUCCACUACUGGAGAGCGGACCCUCAGCAGGUUACAAAAGCUUUCACGAGCAUUCAGGGAAAACCAGAAUACAUUGCUGAUGUCCGACUUUUCAACACCGUGAUCAGUACUUUUGCCCGGGUAGGCGACGUUGAGGGCGUUACUACAUGGCUUGAAAACCUUGAGAGGGCUUCUUUGAAACCUAACCUUGUCACCUAUUUUGCCUUGUUGUGGGUGCACGGCAAGCGAGGUGAUCGGGAUGCUGUGAACCAUAUGCUAGAGAGGGCCUUGUCUGAUGGACUGAAGCCGGAUAGGUCUAUGAUAGAACUGGUUGUAUACGUCAAUGUCACCGAUCAGAAAUUCGACGAAGCUGAAAGGCUGCUUGAAGAGGCUCUGACUAUGGGCUUGGGGGGCUCCCUUGUUAGAAUGUGGAAUAUCUUCUUGGCCGCUCUCGCUUUUCGUCGAGACCUUCGGAAAGUCCAGCAGAUCCACAACCGCAUGAAAGAAGUUGGAAUUCAAUCGAACGUUCAAACCUAUGGAGCUAUACUUACGAGUCUAUGCGUUAUGAAAGCCCCGCGCGCUGCCUAUAGAAUCCUCCGAAAAAUCAUGCCCGAAGCGGGCUUUAAGCCACAGGUUUCAAAUUACGUCACAGUCAUGAUGGGCUUCGUCAAAAUACGUGACUAUGACAAAUCAUUUGAGGUCUACAGGCAUAUGCUUAUGCAAGGUCUAGCUCCCAACAUGAGCUCGGAGAGUGCCCUCCUGCGAACUUAUAUCGGCUCUGGGCGACAUCCACAGCGCAACAGAGCACCUAAAGGCUACCGUUCCCAAGUACGCCGGGCUCGUCAAGUUCUUCAACGGACCAUAGACAACCUUGAUAGGUCUCAGCUGGUCACAUCAGAGCCUUGGCAAUUUGUGGGUCCCGAGCGGCUAGACGAAGCUUUCACGUCCAGCAAUUUUGACUACAUGGUCUAUAUAUACGGCACGAGCAAGAUGUACAAACGAGUGUCCGAAACCUUUCAGACCUAUAUUGCCACCGCAGCCAAGUUCAAGGCUGAAGACGUUGAAAUCUCACCUCCAAUGCGUAUGGUGUCGGCCUUGCUCGUUGCCCAUGAGAGGUCUGGCAACACCCAGGAAGUGGAGCGCUGUUGGUGUCUUGCUCUUGAUAAAUGCGAGAAGCUUGCUCGCAAGUCGUUAAUUCGGGAUCCUUUUCAAACCAAAUGGGUCUUACCGGCACGACGCUUUGUGAUUAAUUUCCCAUUCCGGUUUUACCUGAGAUUCCUAGCCAGGCAAAAGCGCUUUGAGGAUAUGAUAGGCGUCGUUGAUGAGCUUUGUGAGGACGGCUACGAUCUUUCGGCCGACAAUUGGAACGCGUAUGUUCAACAUCUUUCCUGCUCACCAAACCUCACUCACCAGCUCCUUGCCUUCACGGUCUGCGAAACACGUCUCAUGUCUCCAUGGUUGGGUUGGGACUACAUGGGUAGGCAUCGAGGUAAUAUAAUGGACCAUUUCAAUGGUAUGAGGAAUGUUACCGUUCGAACGAGGAUACCGGCGCCGACUUACCUUACAUUUGUAUACCUAGCAAAAGUCUACAGGAUUUUGGGCUUCGGCAGAGCAACGAGGAAACAAGAAGGGGUCUGGGAUCUGCAACAGAGUGGAGCGAUCUUGAAGACUCUGAAUGCUGUUAGCAACCUGCCGAAGAUGGAUGACGAGGAGCAGAGGUCGAUCCUUCGGAUUGACGACCAACAUCUGCCAUAG